AUGGCUCCGAGCCGCCUAACAGGAACACUAACAGAUAGCUCAGUAAGAAAAAGGAUUCGGUUGCGAGUUUCUCGGGAUUCACGCGCUCGCUCACUUUGGGAGCGCACCGCAGAGGAUGCUACUAGGCAGCAGGCGAUAAUCACGCUGGCGAGCCGCCACCAGACCUUCUCCUCAUUCGACGAUUUGAUUCACUCCUCGGAUCUUGUCCUCGUCGACUUCUACGCCACGUGGUGCGGGCCGUGCAAGCACAUGGCGGGCGUGCUGCAGAGCCUCUCGCACCGACUGCUCGCAUCCGUCAAGAUCGUGAAGAUAGACACGGAGAAGUACCCGGCGCUCGCAUCGCAGUACGGCAUCACUGCACUGCCCACCAUCGUGCUCUUCAGACACGGCCGCCCCGUCGACCGCAUCGAGGGCGUUCUUCCCCCUGAAGAGCUCAUUUUACGCCUUGGCUCCCUCCUCGCCCCCUCCCACACACACUAG